AUGCGAAGCAAGCUCUUUGUUACACUUUUUACAACUUGUCUGGUAACGCUAUCAUCUGUUCAGGGGCGAGAAUAUUUCAGUGGAUUUGUGGACAAAAAAUUAAAGAAUCUUUUACAAUGCAACUUCGUGGCGUAUUACAACCUCAGAGACAAUGGACCCGAUCCGAAUUCCUUCCUCGAUUUCAUCGGGGAGCCGGAGCAAUUCUACUGGUUCAUAGAGCAUUACCUGUCGGUACCAUUCACUAUCCCGAAGAAUUUGAAAGAUAAAAAGGAGCACAACCUUUCGUCAUGCGCGAACAGAUCGUGGGUAUCGGAGUUUUUGAGGAAAUAUGAAGAACCAGAUGUGAAGGAAUUGAUGAAAUAUUUAGAUAAGGAAGAGAAGGUGUAUUUUUCAUACACGUUUGAGAAUGUAGAACCCGUUCCAAAGUACACAUCCUUUCCUCUACAGGAAUUUCACAAAUACUGCAUCUUGCCACCUCUGGUAGAAACAAGCAUUAAGCAGAAGGACCAAGAUGGUAUGCUCUCAUUUCAGUUAAACCAAGAAGAAUAUAAAAUAUAUUUAAGUUCUGUGGGAUCCCCAAUAUCUGCUUUAAAAAAAUUAUAUCAGGCUAUGGAAGAUGGAGAGAGAAAAGUUGCCUUGAAAAAUAUCCUAGAUAAUGAACGAUCAAAUGAUGUAUUUAUAAAUUGUCCAGUUUAUGAUUUAAAAUUACAUUACCAUAAAGAGUGUGAUUCUCAACCGAAUGUUUUAAAAUGUCUUGAUAAUUAUAUUAAAAAAUUAUGUGAAAGAAGAAUAGCUGGUAAGGAAAAGGGUACCUUUUGUGAUCAUUUACUGUUCCUUUUUGAUGCUUUAAAAGACCCGUAUGUUGAUAAUUUUAAGAAAUUUUUAACCAGGGAUGACGUACAUUUAGUAAAACCCAAAUCCGUGUGGGGAUUCCCUCUGUUUAAUACAUACAAGCCUAGAGAUAUAAAGAACCCCAAUAGUAAUAUUCCUGUGGAUGUUUUUAAAGUGUUGAGCAGCAAGAACAAAUUGUUUUUAUCCUUCUUCGAUCAAAUACCCAAGGGUCCUCACUACAUGGAGGAAUCUCAGGGGCUCGUCAAACUGAGUGACUUUGCCUCCAGUAUUUUCGACAAGCUUCAUAGAUUCUUUUACGCUUUCAAGAAGAAGGGAAAUCAAAUCAGUCCUGUUUCGGUGAAGGAAUUAAGCCACAACAUCAGCGAUUUUAGCUUUAAACGUGACACGAGUAACAUCGAGUGUAAAAAGGUGAAGAAGAGUUUGAACCUGGACCUAGAAGUCGAAGUUGUAAAAGGCGUGGCUGCACAGAAAAUUUGCAAAAUCAUUGAAUUGUUGGUCCUGAAGAAAGGGAAGAAGGAAAAAUCAGGUAAAAAAGAAUUUGAGGAUGUACAUAAAGGAUUCCGUAUACAAUGUAUUUUAAUAGGAACUCAUGUAGAGGCAUUCAACAUUGUAAGACAACUUUUAAAUAUGGAAAGUAUGCUAUCGUUAACAAGAUAUACCUCUCUGUAUUUACACAAAUUUUUUAAAAGUGUAACUACCCUGAAAGGAAACUUUUUAUAUGAUAAUCCAAAUGCAAUAAAGCAUGCUCGUGCAUGUGGUAGAGCCGUUUUGCACGUACCGGCAGUUCUGUACAGACGAAACAUAUACCUAGCGGAGACAUUUUUGUCAUUAUAUUUGGGACUCUCGAAUUUAGUUUCUUCCAAUCCAAGUAGUCCCUUUUUUGAAUAUGCGAUCAUUGAAUUUUUAGUUUAUUACUACAAUAAAGAUCCAGAGAAGUUCCUUCUUUACCUAUUUUCUAUCGUUUCUGUUCUGUAUAUUAACAUGUACUACUAUGAGCAGUUGUUCUGCCACCAUAAGGAGCAGUUUGAACUUCUGAAGUCCAAGAUGAUUCACCCAAAUAUCGCAGAUCGCAUUUUAGAAAAUAUUAAGACGUUGAUGAAGAACCCCAGGUACAUGAAGAUGCGUUCCUUUUACUUGAAGUUUGAAAAUGAGGAUUUGUUUGACAAGAGGAAGGUUUUCGACGUGCUGUACGCCUUCGACGAAUUCCUAAACAGUACAGACGCUCAGCAGAAGGCGAAAAUAGAGGAAAUACCAGACGAGUCACUCGAGUUAGACAAUUCGAACGAUGGAAUUGGAUUCAGAAAAGAAGAUAUCUUUUUCGAGACAGAACAAGGUUCCAUGGAGUCUAUAGCUGAAGAGUUGGAGGAAGGUGCCGAAGGAGUUGAUUCAAACCAGCAGAAGAAGACAGCUGAGUAUUUGAAAUUGGUGCCAGAUGAGGAAAAAGUGAAUCUGUUGGAUAAAAAUAAGGAGCUAGAAUUAGAGUUAUAUAAAUAUAUAGGAACUCCAAAGCAGACUAAUGCAGGAGUUGGAACGGUUUCUUCGCAUUCCCCCCCCACUGCUGCUAAGAUGGGACAUACUGCAGGCGGAAGCAAGGGUAUAAGACCCGGGGCCAAAGGCAUGAAUCAAAAAUUAGGACCAAUGGGAAAAAACCUUAAAAGAAUGAAAGGAAAGGAGGCUUCGAAACUUAGAAAAGGAGUCGAUUUCUACGAAUCAACGAUGUCUCUUAACCAACCGCCUCCUGGUGAAUCUGCCUCUGAGGAAAAGGGGUCUACUUCAAAUUUGUCGUCAAAGGAGUCUUUACCUCCUAAUCCGUAA